AUGCGUACACCUCUAACAUGGCAAGGCUUGACGGUUCUUUGGCUGUCCGCUCACGUGGCCUCCAUUCCGCUUGUGGCACAGAAAACAAGCAACAAGGCCAAUAUCUGGGUAACGAAAACGAACACAUUGAACGCAACAACAUGGAACAAUGAAACAAAACCACUGGUCAACUUCGACCGCACAUCGAUCAAUCGGAAUAUCAUCCUACCGUAUCCAUCGCCGGGCGCAACAGAAGAUGUGGAGAUGUCACCGUCGAUAUUGAAGAGUCCGAAUGGAGGAGCAGGAUUGAACCGAACAUACCCGGAUACGACGGUGACCACAGGCAACGGGAAUACUGACCAGAGCAGCAUCACAGAGACCAGGCUUACUGUGAGCUGGACUGGAAAUCUCUCAAACGUGACAGAAGUUGAAGUUGCCCUGAACAUAACGAGCUCGUCCGAGAUAGGAGCUGGACUGGCCAGCAAUGGAACACGACCGGCCUCGAAUGGAACUGGAAUACCCUCCCCUCCAACUACACCUAGCUCGAAUGGAACAACGCUUGACAACAGCACAGUGUCAUCGAAUGACACGCUGGACGCUCCAUGGAUAGGCGGCAACACUUGGAACACCACAUCGAGUCGGAUAUCAGUCGCAAACAGAGUCGACGCUGGUAACAGUGAUCUUCGGCUCGACGUCGUCAACCGCCUGCCAAGCAACAACGUGAAAGCCUACAUCUCAGGCCUUUCCCCUAGCGGCGCCUUGAUCAUGCUUGGCCAAGACGGGCAAUGGAAGUACCCAAGCACUUCUAAUUCAACCCCUGUACCCGUCGAAGCUGACGUCGCCAUCUCUCUCCCCGGACCGAACCAGACGCUUCCCCUCACGCUUCCGGGAUUCAUCUCCAGCGCUCGGAUCUGGCUUUCAGACGGCGAAUUGCAAUUCUUCGUCAUCGCCACGCCAACAGGUCCUGGGCUCGUCGAACCUGCCGUCGCCAAUAGCAACGAUCCUAAUUCCGAGACGAACUGGGGCUUUGCGGAAAUCACUUGGACCUCCGAUGGUCUCUACGCCGACAUCUCGGCCGUGGACUUUGUCGGAUUACCACUCGGAAUCACGCUACGUGAGACGAAUGGAAACUUUCAACAAGUCCUCGGUAUGCCGUCGAACGCUGCGCCCUUGCUCUGCGAUCGCCUCAGUGCGCAAGGAAGAAUCGACGGCCGCCCUUGGAGCUCAACGUGUGAGUAUAGGCCCGAUGGCGGGCUCGUGAGAGGUCUCAGCCCCGCUGUCUAUCUCAGCCAAGUACCGAAUGCGUUCGGGACCUAUUUCGGAUGGUACAUCAACGAUGCUUGGGAUUACUACCGCAGCAACGACCUCACGAUCAACACGCAAUCGGCUCCCGGAAACGUCACCUGCCGCGUCGUGGGAUCCCAACUCACCUGUGCAGGCGACAAUCGAGGCUACAACAAACCCACCGUCACGGAUAUCUUCGGCUGCAACACGGGCCCCUUCGCCGUGGAAGCGGGCGACAACGCCGUCCACGCCGCCGUGGUGCCCAGACUCUGUGCGGCCAUCAAUCGCGCCACCUUACUCGUGUCCGGAGGCAACGUGCAACCUUCCCUCCCUCCGAGCAGCUACUAUCUCAGUGCCAAUCGACCCUCGCAGUCGAGACCGAUGAACCAUUAUUCGAGGAUUGUGCAUGAUCUGGAGUCCAAUAGGAAGGGAUACGCUUUCUCGUACGAUGAUGUCAGUCCGGCGAUUUCGGAGGAUCAGAGCGGGUUCGUGACGAGUGGGAGUCCCGAACUUAUGACUGUUAUUGUGGGCGGGAGGUGA